CAUGGGUGCAGUUGCCAGUCACUGGAAAAAGAGAAAAACGCACGGGCCAGGAUUGAAAAUUAGGUAAUCAUUUUAACAUGAAUCCAGUUCAAUCCACUUAGCGCGGAUCCCAAUUUGGCACCAUCCCUCAUGCUUAGCGGCAGCCACGGUUGGCGCCGAUUGUUUCAGCCCGUGACUGGACAAGCCGGGGCAGCUUUCCUGGGUGGAUCGGGGAUCACGCAGGCGGCAGCAGACAGAUUUCGAUUUCCAGUGCGAGGGAAGACCGUCUGGCUGGUCACGACUCAAGGAACGGAGUACAGUGUCUCACACAGCCGGAAAUCUUUAUCGGAGUGGCCGAGAGUGGUAGAGCAAAGCCGUUUCAAAGAACAUGAAGAUGAUGAGGGUGAUGGAAUUGAUGAUAAUAAAGAACCACGAAACCUCGAACUUCUGACGGAAACAAUAGCAAACAGAAAUCAAAAGACGCAAACUCAAUUUACCUGAUCUUUCAACGUAACUGGAGCUGUCGUACGCAGUGUCGGAUGGGUGAACGUGUCAAGUAAAUCACCGGAAAGACUGCGCUGCAAGGGAGUGGGAGUGGGAGUGGAAAUGGGAGCUGGGCAGCAAAAUCCCCAGCGA